AUGUUCUCCCUCAUCACCUCCUUGAGGUUUUUCACCAUCUCCUUGAGGUUCCUCAUGACCUUCAUCAUCUCCAUGAGGUUCCUCAUCACCUCCAUGAGGUUCCUCAUCAUCUCCUUGAGGUUCCUCAUGACCUCCAUGAGGUCCCUCCCCAUCUCCCCCACUCCCCUCACGCCCCUUCCCCAUCUCCACCUUCUCCAGAUCCUCUACAACCGCACCAUGGUCCAACUGGGCAUCUGCGCCUUCCGCCAGGGCCUCAUCAAAGACGCCCACAACGCCCUCCUGGACAUCCAGUCCUCCGGCCGCGCCAAGGAGCUCCUGGGCCAAGGUCUUCUCCUGCGCAGCCUCCAGGAACGCAACCCCGAGCAGGAGAAGGUGGAGAAGCGCCGCCAGGUCCCCUUCCACAUGCACGUCAACCUGGAGCUCCUGGAGUGCGUCUACCUGGUGGCGGCCAUGUUGUUGGAGAUCCCUUACAUGGCCGCCCACGAGUUCGACGCCCGGCGCCGCAUGAUCAGCAAGCAGUUCCACCACCAGCUGCGCGUGGGCGAGAGGCAACCUCUGCUGGGGCCACCGGAGUCCAUGCGGGAGCACGUGGUGGCCGCCUCCAAGGCCAUGAAGAUGGGCGACUGGCGGACGUGCCACCGCUACGUGGUCAACGAGAAGAUGAACGGCAAAGUGUGGGACCUCUUCCCCGAGGCCGACAAAGUCCGCGCCAUGUUGGUCAG